UAGGCGCUGACUUUGGUUCAUACAGCCCUCCGUAGCGCCGGCCGGCCUCGGCUGCUGUGACUGGCUGUUUGGGCUCUGACAUCACACAGGAGCCAGCUGUUGAUUUGGCGCUGUUUCCAAGGCUGGCUGGCUUGAUGGGUUGUGGCAGGUACACUUGUGCUUGCGCAGCAUCCUCCCCUCCCUCUUUGUGACACCCACUCCCCUUCAGCCUCUUCUUUUAGACCCCCUUCUCCCCAUCUCACACGCUCACUCUUUCGCGCAAGUGUGCAGGAGGCAGCCGGCAGCUGCUGGAAGUGUGAGCUGGGAGGCGACUCCAGUCUCUUCUCCAGCAAAUAUUGCCUCCUGUACACAAUGGAAGCUAAAGAGCUGAGUUGCAUUUGGGAUGGAGGGCAGGUCAGCAGGGGUCAUGAGGGCACCGGGGCCCCUGGUUGCCAUGCAGAGCGGCUGAAGCAGGCAUGGACAAGAAGUCUCAGGCAGGAGCGGUAGGCCUCGUUGACUUCCCCAGCCGCCCCAUCCUUUGCCACGACCUUCACCACUGGCUACGCACCACCACAGUGCUCUCUCUUUGCCAACGUUGCCUGUAAGGCUUUGCCAUGAGAAUGUCUGAUCAAGUAGACUCUGAAACAACGAAGGUGCCCGAGCCUGCCGCUGCUGAGGCAUUUCCAAAAGAAAAUGCCACCCAGUCUGAAGUAUCUGAUGAGGGUGGCAAAGAAAACUCUGGCAGCAUUACAACAGCAGAAGCCAAGCCUGUGAAGUACUUGAAGCAUAAGACCAGGCUAAAGCUUGUUCGGAGCCUGGCAAUAUGUGAGGAGUCCUUCCCUUACCCAAUUCUUGAGCCUUCAGCUGCACCUCAGGAUGAAUUCCUCCUUCGGAUGUUUGAAAAGGAUGACGGAGCCACACAAAACCAGGCUCAGAAAGAAGUCAUCUGCGACAAGGUGAACAAAGCUGACAAAAUGCUGUGCAGAGAUUCCAGUCAAGACUACACGGAUUCAACAGGCAUAGAUCUUCAUCAGUUUUUAGUAAACACGCUAAAGAGCAAUCCCAGGGACCGAAUUAUGCUGCUGAAGCUUGAGCAAGACAUCUUGGAUUUCAUCAGCAAUAAUGAAAGUCAAAAGAGAACGUUCCCGCCUAUGACGUCCUACCACCGGAUGUUGUUACACCGUGUGGCUGCCUACUUCGGCAUGGACCACAACGUGGACCUCACUGGAAAGUCAGUUGUCAUCAACAAAACUACCAGCACAAGAAUCCCCGAUCAGAAAUUCUCAGAGCACAUCAAGGAUGACAAGGCAGACGAUUUCCAGAAACGCUACAUUCUUAAACGAGACAACUCCAGCUUUGAUCGCGAUGACAGCACGAUUCGGAUGCGUUUGAAAGCAGACAAGAAAAGCAAAUCGAUGGAAGAGCGCGAGGAGGAGUACCAGCGAGCCAGAGAAAGAAUAUUUGCACAUGAUGGCGAUCACUUCAUACUGGAUCAAAGUGCUCAGGAUGAAGACGCAUGUACACGUACCCAGCACAGGCGGCUAAUUUUCAGGUCACGGGCUGGACCCUCAGACGCCAGCUGGCAGAGCAGCUCUGAGACAGAGACGCAGCCACCAAACGGUGAGCCGCGACCCUGGAGCAGUACUGACAGCUCGGACAGCUCCAACCGCCUCGUCCUGCGGCCUGCCAUCACCAAGGCCAGCAGCUUCAGCGGCAUCUCCCCUGACCUGGCACGUGGCGACAGCACCGCCAGCAGUAAGAGCACCGGGAGGCUUACCAAAACAGGUUCAGAAUCAUGCAGUAGCUUCGGUUCUUCAUCCAGUUCGCUCUCUCGUCCACACUGUCCUUUCACCGUGUCAGUGUCUUUACGGCCCAAAAUCCCUGGAACGCCUUGUAUCCACCCAGCUGCAGACACCGAAGGCUCAGCACUCCCUGACAAGAGUGUCCCGUCACAGCCAACGCCUUCUGCUGAUGCAACAAAUUAUGCGAUGUCACUCGAGGCUUCAGGGAUACCACCUGGCAGCUUUCUGGUGAAUCCACACACAGGAAAACCUUUCAUUCAUUCUAAUAGCAGUGCUGUAGUUUAUAGUCCGGCCAGCAUCGCAGCCCCUGCCGGCAGGGGCCGACAUCAAGGGAAGUUGCUGCAACAGCCGACCUCCGCUGCAAGUCAGCCACAGCACAUCAAUCACCUCCACUCGCAGCCGUUGUGUCAUCCAUUCCAGCCGUCCUCAGAGCCUGCUCAUAACCCAACAGUCUCGUACCAUCUUCCUCCUCUAUUCCCGCCAGUCUGUGACAACCAACAGUACACUGUGCCUGAAACUCUCAACACCCAAUUCAAUCACAUGACAUUGACGCAGCAGUCCCCCGGCAACAAUGGAGCGCCGGCUGCAGAUGGCCACCAUUAUGCAGCAUUGUACCACCACCAUUCCGCCCCGGUCGUGUUGCAUGGAGCACCCCAGCAAGUUUCUAAUUACGUGGUUGCGGGAACUCCAGGGGGACACCCAGGGAUGCUCCAAGGCCAGCCUGUACCACUUCCAACUCCAGGACCUCACCAAACCUACCCAAGCGGCAUGACUGGUCAUGCGGCUUUUCCUGGUUCCACUCUGAACCAGCAACACAGCUACAUUCAUCAGCCGGUCCAACAGGUAUCCGCUUGCUAUUGUUCAUCAAUCCACCAUCCUCCCUGCUCCAGCCAGCAGCAGCAGCAGCACUACCGCCCGCCUCUAAACCAUUUGCCGCAUAACGGCCUUCACAGCCAAACCCUGUCCCAGCAGCAAGUGCACCAGCCUGUGAUGUCAAGCCCAGCAUCCUACCAGACUAUAGUGGGCAUGCAGCCAACACUCAACUUUGCUCUCACCGGUGUCCAACAAAGCAAUAUAAGCAGUCAGAUGCAAGGCAUGAUGGUCCAGUACUCCCCAAUGCAGUCUUACCAGGUUUCCUUGCCACAACAUGCAGGGCCGAUGUUAGUGUCAACAUGCCAACCAGGACAAGGUGCAGUGGCAGUCUCUGGCGUCCAGCCUUACUACAGCCUUCUCCCUGCUCCAAACCAGCACACCACCAUGAGUUCCACUGUGAGUUUCCUGCCCUCCCCAAUGAUGGAGCAGCUCAAUUUCCCUCAGAACUCAUCCUCCUGUGUUGCCCAGCAGAACACAGGGUUGUUGCACCCGGCCCCCGGCAGCGGUAUGGUGAUGCUGCAAAUGGCAGCUCCCCCCUGCCAGCAGCCCCCGGCGUCCUCCGCCUGCCAACAGAAGCAACCCAGCCACAAACACCUGGGCCCCGAGCACCAGCGCACCCGCCGACCGACUGAUCACCCGCUGCCUCCUGACAACAUGCAGAGCAGCCUGCUUUCACCUCCGGCGCUCACAUCCUCGUCGGGACCGUCGCCCAAUAUCAAGGGCCUCCCAACAGGCAUCUCGUCCAUCCCCGUCAUGACCCACCAGCACCAACUGCAGCUCCCUACAGACUUCUGCCAUAGUGGGCCAGGUGAAGCCCACUACUCUCUCCUGGGCCAGCCUCUGCAGUUUAAGCCGCUCGUCCACACGACACACAUGGUGACCAAACAUCAGGGUCCAAUGGGAAUUUGGCGUGGUGGUCAUGGAAGGAAGGCCGGCAGAAAAUCUUUCCCGACAGAUUACAGUGUAGGUGAAGCAGCAGUGAGCAGUCCUCAAGAGGGGACCGGCAAGACAGCCUCUCAAAAUCUCCUGCCACAAAUCUGCAAAAGACGUGAAUUGACGCAGCGUCAGCCCUGGCUGUGCUACAGCCGAGACACUCCCAGCCUAAAGCUGGCCUCACUUUACUCUACCUGUGCCACGGCGCAACCCGACACAUUGCAUUACCACAGCAGCCCACAGCCCCAUUUUUACCCGGGAACUCACUCACCCAGACUUAGGUGCGGGGAGCUGUGCGACCAAACUGGCUCAUAGCUGCUUAGUUAUUGGUGCAUCAGCAGAACACCAUGUGGCUGAACCUCCAGCCUCUGCUGCCUCACUUUGGACUGUUUCAGCGCCUCCCAUCCCAGACUGGCCAAACCCACAUCAGUAUAACUGUUUGAACAGUGAAUGUUUUCUUGUGUUAUUUUAUUUUCGUUUUUUUUCUCAAUCCGACCAACUCUGCUGUUUGGAGCUUGAGCAUCGUGUUGUGCGUAAAGCAUAUUUUGACUUCAUCUCAAUUUGCUACCUUUUCUUAUACCUAAGGUAUAUCGUAAGGUAUCGUCUUUUCACAAUUGCAAAUGUUCUGACUGAGGAAUUUGGCAUUCAUCCACCAGUUUAAAAGUUAAUUACGCUUUUUUUUUUCUUUUUCAUGAGCAGGUUUCUUCGUAUGACAAAAUAAUGUCAAAUUCAGCAACUUGUGAAAAAUGAGAAGUAAACACUCGUGAUUGGAGCUGUCAUCCACUCGCAAUGAGAGCCCAAACAAUCAACACUGGGUGUAUAGCCCCAGCUUUAAGUGUCGCAUUUGCACUGUAGUGAUGUGCAAGAUCUGACUGGCAUUGAAUGGCUGUAACCUCCAUUUAUAUUUUAUUGUUAACCUUUGUUGCACUCGACCAGGCCACUUUGAUUGUUUUAAUUCAACUCAAAUUAUAUGCACACGAAAAAUGGAAGCGUUUUUGGUACCUGGCUGUUUUGGGAGGGUGGGGGGGAUUCCUGUUUGUGUGACACAAGGGAGUGACUGUUUGUGUGUUUUGUGGUUGUUUAAACUAAUAAACGUUUUCACUACA